GCUGAAGCUGCUCCACCCUGGAGAAGCCCCGCCCACUCCGACCGUCCAGUUUAAAGUCAACUGCUGGGCGCUAAACUGAGCAUUCAGAGCGGCCUCCCAGGAAAGGAGUUUCUGCGAGCUUCUGUACAUCAAGAUGGUGCAGGCUAAGAGCUGGACCCUGAAGAAGCACUUUGAAGGCUUUCCCACUGACAGUAACUUUGAGCUGAAGACAACUGAGCUCCCACCCUUAAAUAAUGGAGAGGUCCUGCUGGAAGCCCUGUUCCUCUCUGUGGAUCCUUACAUGAGAAUUGCAUCGAAAAGACUGAAGGAGGGUGAUAAGAUGAUGGGUGAGCAAGUGGCCAGAGUUGUGGAAAGCAAAAACCCAGCCUUUCCCACGGGAACUGUUGUGGUGGCUUUAGCAGGCUGGACAUCACAUUCCAUUUCUGAUGGCAAUGGACUGAGAAAACUGCCUGCAGAGUGGCCAGACAAGUUACCACUGUCUUUGGCUUUGGGGACAGUUGGCAUGCCAGGCCUCACUGCCUACUUUGGCCUGCUUGAAAUCUGUGGCGUGAAGGGUGGAGAGACAGUGAUGGUCAACGCAGCAGCAGGAGCAGUGGGCUCAGUAGUGGGGCAGAUAGCCAAGCUCAAGGGCUGCAAAGUUGUUGGUGCCGCAGGGUCUGAUGAAAAGGUUAACUACCUUAAGAAGCUUGGAUUCGAUGUUGCCUUUAACUACAAGACAGUAAAGUCUUUGGAAGAAGCAUUGAGAACGGCUUCUCCUGACGGUUACGAUUGCUAUUUUGACAAUGUGGGCGGAGAGUUUUCAAACACUGUUAUAGCCCAGAUGAAGACGUUUGGGAGAAUUGCCAUCUGUGGGGCCAUCUCUCAGUACAACCUCACCGGUCCACGUUCACAAGGCCCACCCCCAGAGGCUGUGAUUUAUCAGCAACUCCGCAUGGAGGGGUUCCUCGUUACCCACUGGCAGGGAGAUGUUCGCCAGAAGGCUCUGAUAGACCUGAUGAAUUGGGUCUCAGAGGGUAAAAUCCAGUAUCACGAGUACAUCCAAGAAGGAUUUGAGAAGAUGCCAGCGACGUUCAUGGGGAUGUUGAAAGGAGAAAAUUUGGGGAAGGCAAUAGUGAAGGCAUGAAGAAAACAUGACAUAAGCAUCAUCACUGGAGGGUUAGGUCAUCUUUAAUCAUCUGUACACAAAUGUACACUGCCUUAUGUAAGAAAUAACUGCAAGGAAUUUGACCUAUCUACUAAAAUACCUGUGUGAUUUUUUUUUAAAAAUCUAUGAUAGAGAAUGAAAUCUCCUGACAAACAACAAGAAGUUGUUUGCCUCGUUCAGCUCCUCCUAGGUGAUUGUAAGAAAUAAUGGCUUCGGUGUCUUGCCACACCAACUCCAGUGUCAUCUGUGUGACAUGACAUAUGUCAUUAUGCCGGACGGGAGCUACGUGUCCCAUGGGACUAGGCUUCCUGGAGGUCAAUGGCAGACAGCCUGGUCUUAGCCACAGCUGAGGCAUAGACGGGUUUCUCGAUUAGCUGGCUAUGCGGGAUAUGAGCUUUGCACAAUCUCUUAUAAUAAUGAUAUUCUAUAUAUAUACAAGACAAGGAUCAUUCUCUUCAGAAACAGCUCUGGGAUAGGAAAGCACAGUAUGGGAAUGUAUAAGACUACAGCAGAACCUUUGUCAUACACAGGGUGUAUGAUGAGCAAGAGAAUAGAUGGGUUAUUGUUGAUGGACAAAGACUGUUAUAUUAUACUUUCAACUUUAUGGAUAGGCUUGCUAGAUCCCAAACCCCAUGAUGUCUGCUGCAUAAGAAGGUACUAAAAAGUAUAGUUCAGCAGGUGCAGAGAACUGAUUAGGUAUAUUUGGUCACUAGAUGAAAUAAAGGGUUAGGAAGAAGAAGGGCCAUGAUAGCAAUAAUAAGACAGAAACUUUCUAUUCAUAAGAUGAAACCACUUGCCUGAGGUUUACAUUCCCAAGGACAAGAGUUCCUCUUCUAAGGAUGCUUUAUGUCUAACACCUGUCCCUGAUAAUAUGCUUUUCUUAAAUAUUGCUGAUGUGACUAAAAGAAGCUUUCAUACUGUGCCAACCAAUGACACAUGACCUUUUGAUUUGUUCUUUGUUUGAAUACUAUAUAAUGAAAACAUGAAUUCAGUAAAAUCGCAGCAGAUUCCAACCA